GAGGAUCAAGAAGAGGACGUCGAAGAAGCACGGGAGACGCAGACGGUGGUGGACAGAGAGAGCGACGGCUCCGGGCCGGUAGAGCGAGGUGAGAUGCACCCUUAUCGCCUUUAUCGCUCUCAAUCGUCCGUGCAGUUUCUAUCGGGGUGCCCCGACGCUCCUCGCCAGCCGGGACGCGGCCUCGACGACUAGCAACGAUAGCGGCGAUACAGGAGGACCGGAGAACGCUCGCUCCGAGAGAACCGGCCGACACACCGAACAUCAACGGUGGGAUAAAAUUCGAGGAUGGGAGGCGGGGAAUGGAGCGGUUGGUUGCAACGAUGCCGGGAAUCCCGUAGGCUGGUCCUCAUCAUCGUUGCCAUCGCACUGCUGCUGGACAAUAUGCUGCUGACGACUGUGGUCCCAAUAAUACCGGAAUUUCUCUAUGACAUCAAACACCCCAACGCAACGCUGGACAAAGACCUGGAAGGAAGCGCACCUCGUCAAACUACAGUCGCCACUACCGUCUCACCGACAACUACAACGACAGAAACGGCAAUGUCAACGACGCCAAAAUGCCCCUGCGCCCCGAACAUAUCAGUUCCUAACGGAUUAAUAUUUCGACAACCCACCACGAUAGACAACCCCGCAAUAGACUUAGAAACUACUACGGCCAAUCUCACGUUGUCAGAAAUAAAGAAAAAAGAGCAGAGACACCGGGAAUUACUGGAGGAAACUGUGGCAGUGGGAAUGAUGUUCGCUUCCAAGGCCUUUGUCCAAUUGUUGGCUAACCCUAUAGUUGGGCCGUUGACCCACAAGAUUGGUUACAGUAUACCUAUGUUUACCGGAUUCAUCAUUAUGUUCUUAUCCACGCUGAUCUUCGCUUUCGGACGAAGCUACGGUAUACUUUUUUUAGCACGAGCUCUUCAAGGUAUCGGGUCGUCAUGUUCUAGUGUUUCCGGUAUGGGCAUGUUGGCGGAGAGAUAUCAGGACGAUAAAGAACGCGGUAAUGCUAUGGGCAUCGCAUUAGGUGGCUUGGCUCUUGGUGUACUCAUCGGUCCUCCGUUUGGCGGAGUUAUGUACCAAUUUGUUGGAAAAUCUGCCCCAUUUUUAGUCCUUUCCGCGUUAGCUCUCGGUGAUGGAUUAUUGCAGCUCCUGAUGCUUCAACCGUCGGUCGUAUAUACGGAAGCGGAACCGCCAUCGUUGAAAUCCCUCAUCACCGAUCCCUAUAUCGUUAUAGCCGCCGGCGCGAUCACGUUUGCGAAUAUGGGUAUCGCUAUGUUGGAACCGAGUCUGCCGAUUUGGAUGAUGGACACAAUGGGCGCGGACCGUUGGAAACAAGGAGUCACUUUUCUUCCUGCGAGCAUAAGCUACCUGAUCGGCACAAACCUUUUCGGACCGUUGGGACAUAAAAUGGGCAGGUGGUUAGCGUCGCUGAUAGGACUCGUCGUUAUUGGCCUCUGCUUGAUGUGCAUUCCGCUGGCGAGGAGUAUCGGCCACUUGAUUAUACCAAAUGCAGGUUUAGGAUUUGCUAUUGGUAUGGUGGACAGUUCGAUGAUGCCUGAGCUCGGUUAUCUAGUGGACAUAAGACAUACCGCCGUCUACGGAAGCGUUUAUGCCAUCGGCGACGUAGCAUUUUGUCUAGGCUUUGCUAUAGGUCCUGCAUUGAGCGGAACUUUGGUCAACAGUAUUGGAUUCGAAUGGAUGCUUUUCGGGAUAGCCAUAUUAAACUUCAUUUAUGCGCCUCUCAUGUACUUCUUAAAAGCACCGCCGACCAAAGAAGAGAAAACGUCGUUAAUAAUCGGUGAAAAAUCGUCCGUACGAUACGUCACGUACCAGAACGAGGAAGAGGACCAAUGAACAGUAAUCUUAAACGUUUUCGAUACAUUCCUGUUUCAUUCCUCCUUUUUAUUCAACACGUAAUUAAAAAAUAAUUCGCU